UAGUUAGAGCUUGCGUGGCAAGAAUUUCGCCUGGUGUGGUUUCUGCCAUUCUACAUACAAGUCUUCCUGGAUCCGAAAUCUGUUACCAUAUAGGUUCCAUGAUCAAGCAUCAAAGUGGCAGUUCCAUCAAGAAUGAGAGAGGAUCAUCUAACUAGAUCAAUCUCUGGAACCAAAGAGCUCGUGCCGCUGUUCAUCAAAGCCAGAUUCUUUUCUUCUUCCAAGAGAAACUCUGGCCAGUUUUCGACCAGGGAUGUUGCUUCUCCGCUCUCUAUGUAUUGCUGUCAUUCGGAUUCAUGGAAGCCAGUAGAUGAUGAUAACGAUCCCUACAAGAACAACAAUUCAGCAGCAGAUGCUGCUGACUGGAGAGAAAUCAGAGCAAGGCUCGUGGCCGGAGAACAAACCAUGACGAUGGACCCUUCUCCAUCAUCACCAGCCCCAAACGGCAACAAAUGGGCACACAAGAUCCACGAGCCCGAGACAGGUUGCCUCCUCAUCGCCACAGAGAAGCUAGACGGCAUUCACAUGUUCGAAAGAACGGUGAUCCUCCUCCUAUCCGUCGGCCCAUCGGGCCCUACAGGGAUCAUCCUCAACCGUCCAUCGUCUCUAAUGUCAAUCAAGGAGAUGAAAUCAAUGGUCCUAGACGUAAGAGGAACGUUUUCAGAUAAAGGACUCUUCUUCGGAGGACCAUUGGAAGGAGGUAUGUUUCUGGUGAGGCCGAAAGGCGACGGUAGAGAAGAAAACGAGGUCGGGAAAAGCGGGAAGUUCAGGGAAGUGAUGAAGGGAUUGUACUGUGGGACGAUAGAGAACAUCGGAUUGGUUGCAGAGAUGGUGAAGAGGAAUUUGGGAAGAAACGAGUUCAGGUUCUUUGAUGGCUACUGCCUGUGGGAAAAAGAGCAGUUGGAUGAAGAGAUCUUGAGUGGGUAUUGGACUGUUGCGGCUUGUAGUGCGAGUGCUAUUGGUUUUGGUCAUGAAGUCAACACUUGCAGGCUUUGGGAUGAAGUUAUUGGGCUUAUUGGGCCUCAAACGGACUCUAUGAUCUAAGGCCCAUUUUGUCAUGUGGGCUUUUGCGUAUUGGAACUUUAGGGCAUUUCAUGACGAGAUUGAAUAAUAUUUUGUUCCAUCAACUGGAUCAAAUAUACGUUUUAAUUAGGUGGUUUAUUUGAUUACCAAGGAAAUCUAAUAAAGGUGGUAUCCCUGUUAUAUUUU